ACUGAGAGAGUAUGAACAUUAGCUACGGCUUCCCGCAGCAGCGACAGCGUCGGGGCCGCUGCGGCCCCAAGGGAGGGCGUGGUGGUGGUGGUGGUGGUGGUGGUGGUGGUGGUGGUGGUGGUGGUGGUGGUGGUGGUGGUGGUGGUGGUGGUGGUGGUGGUGGUGGUGGUGGUGGUGGUGGGGACAAUGGUUAUGACGAGGGGGUUGGAGCUGGUGUCUAGGAGCAGCAGCAGUCGGAGCGGAC